AUGAUUUUGGUCGUCUUUCUAUGUACACUUGAAUUCCGUGGUGAGGCACUCAAUGCUCUUUGUGCAUUGGCGUCCAUAACCGUGAUAACUCGACAUCGCUCUGACCACCUUGGUACCAAACUACGACUUGAUCACAGUGGAAACAUCAUUGAAAGUGUAUCUGCAGCCAGAUCGUCCGUAGAAAAGAAUUCGAAAAGACUUCUAAAAAGAGGCAAUGGAAAAUGGUCAAAAUGCGCCAGCUACAGCCCAAGCAUUCGAGCCAGCCGACCUCCGAGUUUGACAGACCAAAUUUUACAAGAGCAACAAGAGGCUGACUCAGAAGUCUAUAAUAUUCUACAAGAGAAGUCAGAUUUUGAAGUAUACAAAUCUAUACAAAUUUUCCAAGCCCCUCUAAGCCUUAAAAGGUGA